AUGGCUGAGGAUACCCCGGGCUUCGAAUCAAAGCCACUUCAGCCGAGGAAGCGGAUACGAACCAAUCAAGCCUGUGCUAUGUGCCGACGGCUGAAGAAGAAGUGUAGCGGAGAAAGGCCGGCUUGUACGAAUUGCGCCGGGUAUGGGUACGCUUGUAUCUACACUCCGGUUGCUCCAGGUGCCACUGGCAGUGAUAGUCAUGCUGCCAUGGUGUCUACGAAUACUCAUUUGAAGCAGUGCCUUGAUCUGCUUCGGGACUUAUCGGGAAGGGUCGACGAAGCUGACCGGACAAAGAUCGCCCAAUUUCUUGGAGAAGAACCGGUGUCGCCGACUGAGGAGAGACGAUUUUCGACCGAUUCGCAGCAGUCGCCUCUUGAGAACUUUUCUGUGCUGAAUGAUCCCAAUGCUACACUCAAGGAUAGGCUUCCUCCUUCAGCUGGCGCAGGGACGGAUAUCAAGGGAGAAGUUGACGCAGCAGGAGAGAAGAUGACCCGCAUGGUCAUGUUCGAUCGUGAUGUUGAAGGUACGACCGAAAGCUCGAAGUCACCUGCAGGCAUGAUUGGCCUAGGAUCCGAUAUCGCAUUCAUGCGGUGCACUUUCCGACGUCUGCUGCUCGAUCAAGCCGAUCCGGAUGGCGUGUAUCGAAGUUGUCGUCUGCCGGACUACAACCUGGAUGAUGUGAAUUAUGAUGCAUCACCACAGCUUCCUGAUCCAUAUGAACUUCCGACGCAGGAGGUUGCGGAUCGCUACGUUGAAGUUUACUCUUCGACAAUCCAUAUCGCUUACCCAUUCAUCUGUAAGAGCACGUUUUUUGCAACCUAUGACUCUCUUUGGAGUGGUGCGACCUGGGACAAUACAUGGUUGGCUUCAUUCAAUAUGAUUAUCGCCAUUGGAGCAUAUUACGAGGCCGUGCAAGGAAAAGGCCCUAUUGACGGAGUCGACCAUUCCGUUUAUUUCAUUCGCAGUCGAAUGCUCAUGAACGACAUCUUCGAGCUUGCGAACCUAUCGAUGGUACAGUACGAGCUUCUGGCAAGCUUUUACCUACUCAUCACCAACCGUGUGAACCGCAGUUGGACGGUCCUCGGUUUGGCUAUCCGCAUGGGACAGUCGCUGGGAUUGAACCUGGAUUGUUCCAAGGCGAAGGGAUUCACGCCCGCGGAGCGUGAGACACGAUCGAGAUGUUGGUACAGUUGUUAUGUACUUGAGAGAUUAUUGAGUCUCAUGCUUGGCAGAGCACCCAUGAUUCGGGACUCGAGCUGUGCUGCUCAGCUACCAAUGGACCACGAGGAUGAUUGUUUCCUCUUGAAUGGAGAUGUCGUUGCUCGAAAGAAUCAGGAUCCAUCGAUUGUCUCCUACUUCGCGGAGAUGAUCCGCUUCAGCAAGGUCAUUGGCAUGGUCAUGGACAGGUUGUAUCCCGCAGAUCUUCUCAGCAAACAACAAUACAUUACCCGCGAAACCAUCACGGAACUGGAUGAUGCGUUACUCAAGUGGAAAGAUGAGCUACCUCAACACCUGAGGUUCGACCUUAAUCAGUCCACUCAGUCGCGAAGUGUGUUUAGCAAGCAGAGGAACAACCUCGGCACAAAGUUUCACAAUCUUCGCUGCAUCAUCAACCGACCUUGUCUGGGAUAUAUUGAGUUCUGUCCUCCGGCGAAGAUCAGUGACGUUGACCGUCUCUCAUAUCUCGAAGGAGAAAGGAUCUGUAUCGCGGAGGCUAGAGCACUUAUUCGCAUGCUGGAGGAUCUGCCUAACCUCCAGUACCUUAUGCUUGAGUUUCCCUGGUGGCAACUCUUGAGCAGUAUCAUGUGUGCAUGCUCGGUACUUCUCGUUGCCAACGCCAUCAGUCCGAAGAGGCCGGAUCAUGACGCUUUGCACGCCGACAGUGUCGUCUGUGUGAAGAUCCUGGAGGUGCUGCAGUCGAGAAGUAUGGCGGCUCAACGGUGCUUGGAUAUCUUGAGGGUCCUCAACGACGCUACGCUCGCGGAUAUCUUCCAGAGUGAACAGCGACAGACGGGUGUACAGAUGGAACCAUUCGAGUCUCGCAUGAAUACGGUCAAUUUCUUCGAUACCCUUCCUCCGGUCACCUUGGCGCCGCCGCCGACUGCAGGCUUGAAUAGCCCUGGUAUCUUGCACACAGUCGCACCUGGAAAUGCUUUUGUGCCUCCGGCCGCUGUAGGCGACGUCAACGUCGGCCUCGUACCUAUCAACCCCAUGACGUUGGCCGGUGCUGUACCAGCCAAACCGGACUUUGGCUUGCAUGCUUUCAACACGCGAACCACAGCAGAUCCCCUCAAUUACGCUAGCAAUUUCGCUGACCUGUGGGAAGAGAACAGGCAUCAUCACCCGCCUUCGUGA